CGAAAGAAGAGCAAAUAGGAGGACGAAAGGCAGCGAGAGCCGCUCGUGGCGGUGCAGGUACCCUCGGAAGCGUACGACUUUUUGUUUAAUCGAGGAACUGCAGCCGAAUACAAGGAAAAAACCCCGUCGUCGCGGUACUCGCUUUUUCUCCUCAAAACCACAUCUCGGCGAGGAAAAGCGAACGAGAGACCUGCAGCCGAUAUGUGCUUGUCGGCGGAUGCUCUAUUUAGCAGACUGGCGAUCCGCCGUCGUGGGCGCCCUGCUCCUCAUCCUCCUCCCAGACACCAUGGACCGCCCCGCCGAAGACCACUCCGUUCCUGUAUUCGAGCCCGCUGCUCAUGAUGACCCGUUCAGAACACCUUCCACCGCCAGCAACAGCGGCUCGCUCUCCUCCUCGUCCUCUGAAGCCGGCUCCGUGCCCGUCUCUCUACCCGCACACUCCCAAGCCAAGGGCAAGCAACCAACUUUCCCACCAGGUAGUGAGCUCCCCUCCUCCUCCUCCUCCUCCUCCUCCUUCCACUCGCGCCCGCAGCUCCCGCGAUCUACCUCUUUGCUCCAGGGCCUAGCUCCCGGAUCGAGGUAUAUCGUGCGCAGGUCGUCCGCCCGCCCGUCCCCGGCCGCUUCCAGCGCGGCAAGUUUUAUCAAAAGCAGAGCCCAUUCGCUGGCCGAGCCUGAACCUAUCUCUGAGACUGCCUCCGAACAUGCUCCCGAACCCGGUGUCUCCCAGCAAGUCUUUGUCAGACCUGCUGCUGCUGCGGACAGCGACACUAUUGAAGAAGAACAACCCCGCGCCCGCCCCCAUCGCCAUUUUGUCUCGCGACGACUCCCGCUCGGCUACGAGGCCGAAAAGCCCUGGCUGACGAACCGCACGCACGCCGAGAAGAUGCCCCAGUACCUAAUCUGGGCUGCUUCAGCUCUCGGCCUCGUGAUUGUCGCCGUGCUGAGCUGGUUCGGCACGACCGAGGUCGAGAACUUCAACUACUGCACCGUGCUUUCUGAAGAUUUCAGUAACGGGCUCGACUCGUCUGUGUGGUUUCACGAGCUGCAGGUGGGUGGGUUUGGCAAUAAUCAGUUUGAAUGGACGACGAAUUCGUCCGACAACGCGUUCGUCAAAGAUAACCAGCUCCACAUCGUGCCGACGCUCACGGCAGACUACAUCGGCGAGAAAAACAUGCUCAACGGCUACACCGUCAACCUGACCACCGACGGCACCUGCACGAGCCACACCCUCUCCGACUGCGCCGUCCGCUCAAACGCGUCCACAGACGACAUGAUCCCACCGAUCCGCUCCGCGCGCCUGACGACAAAAUUCUCGGCAAACGUCAAGUACGGCAAGGUCGAGAUCCGCGCGCGGCUGCCGGCCGGAGACUGGCUCUGGCCCGCGCUCUGGAUGCUCCCGACCGACAACGUCUACGGCGACUGGCCGUCCUCGGGCGAGAUCGACAUCGUCGAGUCCCGCGGGAACGACCAUACCUACGCGGAUGGCGGGAACAACGUGAUGACCUCGACGCUGCACUGGGGGCCGACCUCGGACACCGACAUGUACUACAAAACCACCGGCCGGACGAAGCUCAAGCGUACGACGUUCGCCGACAGCUUCCACACCUUUGGCCUCGAGUGGAACGAAAAGUACAUCAGCACCUACCUCGACGGCCGCUUGCGCCAGGUCAUGUACCACAAGUUUAAGACCCCGUUCUGGGAACUCGGAAACUUCGACACCACCUACGACAACGGCACCUCGCUUGCGGACCCGUGGCCUGUAACCAGCGCGAACGCGCCUUUCGACCAGGAUUUCUACUUAAUCCUCAACGUGGCCGUCGGCGGCACAAACGGCUUCUUUCAGGAUGGAGUCGGGAAUAAGCCCUGGAUUAACGACGACCGGCAGACCGCGAUGAGAGCGUUUUGGGACGCAAAGGACUCGUGGUGGCCGUCCUGGGGGGACGAGGAGUCGAGAGCACUGGUGGUUGACCAUGUAAAGAUUUACAAGAUGUGCGAUGCCUAGUUUGUUUAAUGUUUGAGAAC